ACCUCGCCCAGGCGCCCGGCCCCGCACUGGAGAGCGCCAGCCGAGUCGCAGCCGGGAUCGCCAAGGAGCAAGGAAGGAGUUCCAGUCGGGAUCCAGAGUCACGGGAGAAGGCAGAGGCGCAGGCACACAGAAAGAAGAUGCAGGGGACCAUGCGGUUGUGGCUGUCAAUGAUGACCCUUGCCUUGUGCCUGCUGAUCUGCCUGGGGUCACUGGCAGAAGCAUAUCCAUCCAAACCGGACAGUCCAGGUGAGGAUGCCCCAGCAGAAGACAUGGCCAGAUAUUACUCGGCUCUGAGGCAUUACAUCAACCUCAUCACACGGCAGAGGUAUGGAAAGCGGUCCAGUCCAGAGACACUGAUCUCCGAUCUUUUGUUGAGAGAAAGCACAGAAAACAUCCCCAGGUCUAGAUAUGAAGAUCCUGCAAUGUGGUGAUGGAACUAACCACCAGUCUUCAGUCUUUUUCAGAGUUUUCAGUGCAUAAUCCAUUGCUAGAAGACCUGUUGGAAUUUUACAUCCCCUCCAGUGCAUGCAGCCAUUGUACUGAAUUCUGUAGUUUUUCCUUCAUUUUCCUUGUACAUACAUUUAUUUAAAUAAAGUACUUGUGCACUCUAAGUGUUACCAUUUUACAUGUGUGCGCAAGAAAAAAGGCCACUGUAGCGAAUAAAGCUUUGUUCUUAAGCGGUUGAGUUACAAUUUCCGUACUGUCUAGAGUAGCAUGUACAAUAACCGUAGCACCAACUCUAAUUGUUGUAAAAAUUGACAUUUAUCUAACAUUUUAUUUGAAUCAGUCUCUCGUAAAAUUUGAUUUCUAGAACAUUAUUUGUUUCAUGACAAUUACUGCCCGUGAUGCAAAUGAGAAAAAUAAAAUGAUGUGGAAAGUG